AUGGCGAGGCGCUCCAUACCCGUCCUAAAACAACUCCUAUCCUCUUCCUCCACCCCCACCCUCCGCCGAUCCGUAACCUACAUGCCACGCCCCGGCGAUGGCUCGCCACGACCCGUAACUUUAAUCCCCGGCGACGGAAUCGGCCCUCUAGUGACCAACGCCGUCGAACAAGUCAUGGAAGCAAUGCACGCACCAAUCUAUUUCGAGAAAUACGACAUCCAUGGCGACAUGAUGAAAGUACCAUCAGAAGUGAUAGAAUCGAUAAAGAAAAACAAAGUGUGCUUGAAAGGAGGGUUGGCGACGCCUAUGGGAGGAGGAGUUAGUUCAUUGAAUGUGCAAUUGAGGAAGGAGUUGGAUUUGUAUGCGUCGCUGGUGAAUUGUUUUAAUCUGCAAGGGUUGCCUACACGACAUGAAAAUGUUGAUAUUGUUGUUAUUAGGGAGAAUACGGAGGGAGAGUAUGCGGGAUUGGAGCAUGAAGUGGUUCCUGGUGUUGUUGAGAGUCUUAAGGUGAUAACAAAGUUCUGUUCAGAGCGCAUUGCAAAAUAUGCUUUUGAGUAUGCUUACCUGAAUAACCGGAAGAAAGUGACAGCUGUGCACAAAGCAAACAUUAUGAAGCUUGCAGAUGGUUUGUUCUUGGAAUCUUGUAGGGAGGUUGCUACAAAAUAUCCUGGGAUCAAAUACAAUGAAAUUAUUGUGGAUAAUUGCUGCAUGCAACUUGUCUCAAAGCCUGAGCAAUUUGAUGUCAUGGUGACACCUAAUCUUUAUGGCAAUCUUGUUGCAAAUACAGCUGCAGGUAUUGCUGGUGGCACUGGAGUCAUGCCAGGAGGCAAUGUUGGGGCCGAUCAUGCUAUUUUCGAGCAAGGUGCUUCAGCAGGAAACGUAGGCAAUUAUAAACUAUUAGAACAGAAGACAGCAAACCCAGUGGCACUGCUUCUCUCUUCUGCCAUGAUGCUAAGACAUCUCCAGUUCCCUUCUUUUGCUGAUCGAUUAGAAACUGCAGUCAAACGGGUAAUUUCAGAGGGUUUUUACCGGACAAAAGAUCUAGGUGGAACCAGCACCACUCAAGAGGUUGUUGAUGCGGUCCUAGGUGCUUUAGACUGA